CAUUCGCCGUUGCCGGGAGCUGACGUGUCUCUCGGGCGUCGAGCGGACUUUCGUCCGAGUGAGAGAGUCCCGUCACCCGGCCCAGGCCCAGCGUCCCGCAGCACCGAGAGAGCGAGAGAAAGAGCCGCUAACAUGGGCAUAAAAUUCCUUGAAGUUAUCAAACCAUUCUGUGCAGUCUUACCAGAAAUCCAAAAGCCAGAAAGAAAGAUUCAAUUUAGAGAGAAAGUACUAUGGACAGCAAUUACACUCUUCAUCUUCUUAGUCUGUUGCCAGAUUCCUUUAUUUGGUAUCAUGUCCUCAGACUCCGCAGAUCCUUUCUACUGGAUGAGAGUUAUUUUGGCUUCAAAUAGAGGUACACUGAUGGAACUUGGUAUUUCGCCGAUUGUCACUUCUGGUCUCAUCAUGCAGCUUCUGGCAGGUGCAAAGAUUAUUGAAGUUGGUGACACUCCCAAAGACAGAGCUCUCUUCAAUGGAGCACAGAAACUUUUUGGUAUGAUCAUCACUAUUGGACAAGCCAUUGUGUAUGUCAUGACUGGGAUGUAUGGAGAUCCAUCAGAAAUGGGAGCAGGCAUCUGUCUACUGAUCAUUAUUCAGCUGUUUGUUGCUGGGUUGAUUGUGUUGCUGCUGGAUGAACUACUGCAGAAAGGGUAUGGUCUUGGAUCUGGUAUCUCUCUCUUCAUUGCCACAAAUAUCUGUGAGACCAUUGUGUGGAAAGCUUUUAGCCCAACCACCGUGAACACAGGAAGAGGGACAGAGUUUGAGGGGUCGAUCAUUGCCUUGUUCCAUCUCCUGGCCACACGGCAGGACAAAGUCCGUGCUCUUCGUGAAGCCUUUUACCGUCAGAACCUGCCAAAUCUGAUGAACCUUAUUGCCACCAUCUUUGUUUUUGCAGUCGUGAUAUACUUUCAGGGCUUCAGAGUGGAUCUCCCAAUCAAGUCUGCCCGUUACCGUGGACAAUACAACACCUAUCCCAUCAAGCUUUUCUACACCUCCAACAUUCCUAUCAUUCUCCAGUCUGCUCUAGUCUCCAACCUGUAUGUCAUCUCUCAGAUGUUGUCUACAAGAUUCAGCGGCAAUUUUCUAGUCAAUCUGUUGGGGACAUGGUCUGAUAACACUGGUGGUGGUCCAGCCCGUGCGUAUCCAGUUGGAGGUCUGUGCUAUUACCUGUCCCCUCCAGAGUCAUUCGGUUCGGUGUUGGAUGACCCUGUUCAUGCGGUGAUUUAUAUUGUCUUCAUGUUGGGCUCCUGUGCUUUCUUCUCCAAGACCUGGAUCGAGGUGUCUGGUUCUUCUGCCAAAGAUGUAGCUAAACAGCUAAAAGAACAGCAGAUGGUGAUGCGAGGACAUAGAGAGACCUCAAUGGUCCAUGAACUUAACAGGUAUAUUCCCACUGCUGCAGCAUUUGGAGGCCUGUGCAUUGGUGCACUCUCAGUACUUGCUGACUUUCUGGGAGCCAUUGGUUCUGGGACUGGUAUCUUAUUGGCAGUGACCAUCAUUUACCAGUACUUUGAGAUCUUUGUGAAAGAGCAGAGUGAAGUGGGAAGCAUGGGAGCCCUGCUCUUCUAACAACAUACCGACUCUCCUAUCCUUUUAAUUGUUUGAUAGUGUCCAGACGAGAGAUUUCUGAAUUAUCACAGCAGGGAAGAACAUUUCUGACCCCUUUCUCACCCAGGGUAACUCUUUUCAAUUUUGAGAAUUCACCACUGAGUGGCUUAGGGCUAUUCUGCUUUUCAUUUGCUUUUGACAUCGAGAGCUGAAAAAAGCAUAUUUUGGAAUCUGUUUUGUUUAAAUUAUGGUUAAGAGCACAAAUUUCCACCAAGGGAAAGUUGGAUAUGCAUGUGGAGUGUGUGUGUGUGUACACUUGUGUAUUCUUUCACUGAUUCAAACUUGCAACUGAAAGAUCCAAGUAGAAUUGAGGUUCCUUCUGAAUUGAAGCUUCUCAAUGCCUCAGUAGAAACGUGUUAUCAGGUAUCCAGAUCACGUGGUCUCUGAUCAUUUCCUGGCCUCCUAACUGGAAUACUGCGGUGGACAGUUGUGAAGGGAACAUCAGACAGUACUCCUCAACCGUUAUCCACAGCAAUCCCUGGGAAUGGAUGUGGAGGUCACCGGGAUCAGGCUCCAAUCCUGCUCUGGUGUAACUUGAGGUUAAUAUAGCAGUAUCGAAGCUCAGACAUAAAGGCCUUGUUACCAUGGGCUAUUACCUCAGCAGAGAGUUGGCCUCCUGGGACGAAGACUGAGCUGAACAUCACCGCUUUGUCCUGGAUGUGAUGUGUCAGGAGGCCUGUAUUAAACUAUCCACCUGCAACUAUUCAGUAUCGUAUUAAGGUGCUGUUAAUUAAUUUACUUCUUUCCUAGUUCCUUUCUUUUGACUGUUUUGUUACAAUGUGGUCAGUGCAGCUACAACAGGUUGAUGUCUUUCCUUUCAGAAAAGGCGUGAACAUCUCCAUAACACUCACUCAAUGUCAGUGUCAGGUUUGAUAGGGGAUGCGCCAGCAAAUUUAUUGGCAUUUCUAAGGUUGGGAAUGAUGGGAGGUGCAAGUUUCUUCACUGUAUUGCGGUUAUUUGGUAUAACCAGCUGUCAGGUGCUGGAUGUAGAAUUGUUUAGCUUUUUAAACAGAAAUGGUUGAACCUUAAGGUGCACAGGAGUUCUCUUGGUUUGAAAAUUUAGUUUAAAUAAAAUUUGACAUGUAGCUUCCCACCAGCUAAGAAACUGAUCGGAGUUUCUGGGAAUUUUUAAUUCCAGUUCUUGCUGGGCCCAGCAAGGUGGGUGGGUGUGUGUGUGCGCGUACGUGUGUAUGGUGUUACCUGCUCCUGAUUGAAGAAUAAUGCAUCUUGUGUUGCAUUUGGACAUAUCGGGACAACUUACAAUGCUCACUCCCUCUUUGGUCAAAUUGUCCAGGUUUGUGCAAAAGAAAUGGCCAUGGGGGGGAAUGCAAGGUGACGUUACAGUUCUCUCUCCUGGGGAGGGUUCGGAAUGGCUGGUAUUCUGAGCAUAUUUUUAAGUACUGGAGCCCAUUAAUAAAUUUGCUGGCAUCUGUCUCCAAACCUCUCUAAGUAGAAUAAGUUUUUUGUACAUAAUUCUCAGCACCUGUAUGAAAACUAAUCUUCCUCUGCCCUGUUGUGAUAAUGUUUUUAAAAGACUCUCUUGCUGAACAGUGUAAAAACAUUUCUGGAUUUCUCUUUCGAUCCAUGGUUCCAGUUUUGGGAAAAAAGUGGAAUUUCUAUGCAUUCCCACCAGUUGGCAGCAACUGAACCUCAUUAAGCAGUGUUUGUUCUCCAGGACUUGCCGACUUCAAACCCUGUCUUUAUAAAUAAAGUGUUUUGGAAAAGUA